AUGAGCCAUCUAGAUCCAAGGUAUCAAUUAUCUAUUAUUUAUUUUUCAAAAUUUUCAUUUUGUUUAUUAUUCAGUUCAUUAGCUACAUAUAAUUCUCUAGCUGAUCCAAAUUUACAAAGUUUCUUUAGUAACGAACGUAUUCGGUCUCAUUUAAGACAUGCUGGAUUAAUUUCUGGUCGAGGAGAGAUUAUAUCCGAGGGUGAAUAUCGAUCAAGAUUAGUACAACGUGAACAUGUAAAACAUGUUCGACAUAUGCUUGCUGAAAAUAUUGUAAAUAGAGCUGUUGAUAUGGAACGAACACGACAAGCUGAAGCGAAACGUCAAUAUGAAAUGAUAGCAAAAGCAGCUUUAGUGAAUAAUAUUAAAGAAUCGAAAAAACGUGGUGGAAACAUAUCUGGAUUAAUGACGAAUUCAACUGAUAUGGCUCUACUAUCAAUUGAUUCAUCUUGUACACAAAUACGACCAAAAAGCGCUAAUCAGCAAAAUGAAAUGCACAAUGAACAUGUUCGUAUUUCUCGGUUACAAUCGGCUCACUCUAGUGAUGAUUAUUGUGUAAAAUAUCCAUCUAAAAAUCCUAAUCGUCGUCUUCGCCGUCGUCGUCGUUCUUUUCAACGACUAAAAUCGUCAAAUCAACGACCUCAUUUACCAAAUAAAUAUAUCGAUUCAUGUACAUCAUCUCCGUGUCAAAUAACAAUGGUUUAUUAUGGUCCACAUACAAAAGUUGAUUAUGAUCAUUUAGUAUUUGAACAAAUUGAUGAAAUAAUAGUUAUGCAACAACAUUGUGGAGGAGAAAAUUUAAUUGUUUAUAAAAAUUAUCUUAAGCCUGGAGGUUUAGUAUUAUAUUCUUUUUUUUCGUCUACUUUCGACAUUCAUUUUAAUAUUAAUUUAGCUCUAUUUACAUUUGAAUCUCGUCGUCAUUCAGAUUAUCCAUUUGGUUUAUCAUUAUAUGUUAAAGGUUUAAUUGAUAGUCGAAUUUCAACAUGUUGUGAAUAUAAACAUCGUCAUGGUGUUAAAUUAGGUGGUGAUCGAGGACAUUUUGCAAUUAAAUCAGUACAUGGAUCAAAACCAUGUAUUAGAUGUCUUUAUGAGAAACAAGCACGUUUAAAAAAAUAUGCUCAAUCACCAAAAGAAAGAGAUGAUGAAAAUAAACUACCAAUAACGAUUUCAUUACCUGUUUCGGAUGAACCAAAAAUGAAAGAAACUUCUGUAAAAAUACCUAUUAGAUAUAAAGGUGCCGAUAAUAAAAAAAUACGCAAUUUAUCUGAAAGAAAACUAUCCCGGCGUGCAUCUAAUUCAAAUGAAAAUUAUUCAGAAGAUUUUGAUGAUUCAGAUAGGCAAAAACGAUCAGUGAGAGAUGGAUCUUCAACUGAUACAAGUCAUAGAAGUUCACAUAUUAGGGAACGAAAAUCUAAAUCAAAUGAUUCUACACCAAAGGUACAUCGACGAAUAUCAGCGAGUGCAAGAAAAGAAUCAACAAAAAAAACUUGGCAAAUUAUAUUUUAUACAUCAAAUAGUUCAAAAGAAAAUAUUCGAAAACAAAAAAAUUCUUUACCACAAAAUAGUUUAUUACAAUUUUCAUUUUUAACAAAUAAUAAAGAAAAUGAAACUGAAAUUCAUGAAAUUAACAUGAAAGAAUUAACAAAAAAAUCAGAAUCAUCUAGACAAUAUUCAGUUUCAACUGAAUUUAAAAAUAUUGGAAAACCAGAACAAAUUCGAUUAAAAAUUCAUACCACAGAAGACGAAGACGAAGACGAAUAUGAAGAUUAUCAAUGGUAUCUUGAUUAUAUUGAAGUCAUUGAUCCAGAAACUCAAUCUCAUUUAACAUUUCCAUGUAACCAAUGGAUUCGUCCGUCACAAGAAAAAACCCUUCAACUUUCUCAGAAUGUUCUUCGAGAUAAACCAAAACGAAGAAGUUCUGCAAGUAGUUCAAGUUCAUUUUCAAAUGGCAAAAAACAUCAACAAGCUCAAAAAAUGGAACUAAAACGAAAAUCUUCUUCAAGUAGUUCAAGAUCAUCUUCGAUUGACAAAGACCAUAAACAAUCUCCAAAAGUUGUACAAAAAAGAAAAAUUUAUAUAAGUAGUUCAAUACCACAUUCAAAUGAUAAAAAUCAUGAAGAGUCUUUAAAAAUUGAACCAACAGUCAAAACAUCUUCUCGUUCAAGAAGAUCAUCUAAUUCCUCAAAACAAUCACAAGAUAAAGUUAAUUCAGCACGUCGAAAUUCAGUAGAUAAUCAAUCAAAUCAAAGUGAAAAAACAACUCCUCGUAAUGAUAUUACUAAUAGAGAAAAUAAAACUCGUUAUCGUGUUAUAAUUUAUCCAUCAGAUAAUGAUGAUGGAGAAUUUAAUCCAAUUCAAGAUAGUCAAAUGUUUUUACGUCUUAAUGAUCAAACUAAAGAAACAAAUAUAAUAGAUAAAACUGAUCAAUUACAUCCAUGUCCAGCAUUUGAUUCAGGUGAAAAACAAGAAUUUGAACUUGAUUUGAUACAAGAUAUUAAUGAACAACCAAAGAAAUUAACAAUUGGUUAUAUUAAUUCUCAUAGUACAGCAAAAACAUGGAAACUUGAAAAGAUUGUUUUAAUUAAUGUUAAAACUGGCGAUGAAACAACAUUUCUAUGUAAUGAAAGUCUUAUUCGAAAUGAAUCAAAUUCUCGUGCUGAAAAAACAUUUGAAAUUCAAUUAAAAGAAUUAGAUGAUAAAGGUAAAUUAAACAUUUAA